UGUGUGUUGUUAGUAAACUAGCAUGCUUUAAACGAUAAACCUAAUGAGGCCAUACUAAUAAGAAAAUAAAUAUGCGCUCUCUGCAGCCUCUUACAACACAAUUUAGCAAGUUAGUAGGCACAGAUCAAACAAACAAACAAAAAGUACAAGCUAGCUAGAGAAGCUAAACCUGAUUAGCUUAUUUGUUUUUCCACCUGUACUCCGAAAACUUCACUUCCGCAUCGCGCUCUCAUUCAGUGUUUUAAUUGGUGUAUGCCUUGUUUUGGUGAAUACUACCAGCCAGUCGUAGCGCAGGAGGCGGGAUCUGUUACAAUACGGGUGUGUUUGCUCUGGAAGAUGAGGCGGUUUUAGGAUGGCGGUGAGCAGCACCUGUCUGAAUGGGACGUAGUUGUGGCUCUAAGAGUGAUUUUGGGUAGUUAUUAAUUUCAGUUUCAUUUUAUAGCGCUUUUGAAAACGAACAUUGUCCCAAAGCAGCUUUAGAGAAAUCUCUAAUGAGUAAGCCAGGGGUGACAGUGGCAAAGAAAAACUCCCUGAAACGACAUGAGGAAGAAACCUUCAGAGAAACCAGACUUUAAAAAAGUCAAGUGUCUUAAAAGGAUGUUUGAUAAUGAGCAGGUCUCCAGCAGAACUAACACAGACAGACAUUCACAUGAGCAAUUUUGAAUAGACAGCUGGACUGACCUAAUCUGUUUGGACCAUGGAAACCUGAGCACUUGGAGGAAACCAACACAUGCAUGAGGAGAACAUUUAACCUCCAUACAGAAAGACUUCAGCUGACCUGGCGGAUUUGAACCAAGAACCUGCUUGCUAUGUAGGCUGUGGGUAGAGAACUGUCGCCGUGCAGACCUGGAAGAGAAAACUCCUGAUCAGUUAAAUAAACAUUACAGACUAUGUGCAAAGCACUUUGAGCCUGCAAUGAUUUGUAAAACGAGCCCUUACAGGACUGUGCUGAGGGAUACUGCUAUUCCUACCAUUUUUGAUUUAACCAGCCACCUCAGUAAUCCACACAGCAGACAUCGGAAACGAAUCAAAAUUUUGACUGAUGAAGAGGUACAAAAAAUCAAAGAACGAAGAUUGGAGUCUUCACUAGAACAGUUGCUCUCAAAAAAGGAAAAAAACGCUGGUGAGGAUGACACAGAGGCUGAUGAUGUACCUCAGUUGACUGCUCAUCAGAAAGAACUCAGAGGGUUCUUAAGGUCUUUGUUUGAGGUGAUUGUUUUAAUAGGAAAACAAAACAUCCCAUUGAGUUACCAGUCAAAAGAAGAGCCAUUUAUCAUGAGCACAUUUCAGGCUUUGCUGGAAAACCGCAUUAAUGCUGGCGAUGAAGUUCUUAGAGCAAGGUUUGAAACAGCAGCUGUUAAUGAGGAAUUUUGGCCAGGAACACAGCGGAAGCAACUGCUGGAUGUUUGUGAGAGGUGCGUUCGUGACGAGCUCCUGCAGGAAGUACGAGAAAGCCGUUUCUUUUCGCUGGUGACUGGGGAGCUGGUAGAAUUUCCAGAAGGUCAGCACAUCCCAGUGUUUUUGCGUUUUGUGGACCAAAGCAACACACUCAGGGAGGAGUUUGUAGAGUUCCUCUUGUUUGAUGCAGAGGAACCGUCUAUGGCAGACAAAUUGGAGUCUCACAUCAUGAAAGAAUGGGAUCUGAGCAUGGAUCACUGCAGAGGUCAAGCACACGCAGGCUCUGGUGUCUUUGGCAGUAAGAUGAAAGCCGUAGCCAACCAGCUGUUGGAGAAAUACCCACUGGCCAUGAAUACACCAUGUGCCACCUUUGCACUUAACAUACACCUAGCUAACAGUAUUCCACUAACUGGUGUUCAAGUCGUGAUGUCUGUUCUUAAAAAGACAGAUGCCUUCUUUAAGGCUUCUCCGCUUCUGCAGGCUGAACUAGAUAGUGCCAUCUCCAUACUCUAUCAAGGCAACAUAGAGAAAGGAGAUGAUCUCAAAGAGAACUGCCGUGCCACCUGGAUAGAGCUGCAUAAUGUGUUUGAGAUGGCUGUUGAUUUGUUAGAGCCACUUCUGCUCUGCAUGGACAGCAUACAUGAUAACGAAGACUUGAAAUGGAACGACCAAUUCACCAGCAAUGCUUAUGCUAUCUCUGAGGCUUUGGCUGACUUUGAGUUUGUCGUUACUCUUGUUGUAAUGAAGAAUGCGCUCUCAUUCACAAGAGCCUUUGGUAAAAACUUGCAAGGAGAGACUCUUGAUGUGUAUUUUGCAGCCAGCAGUCUAACAGCUGUCUUGCAUUCUUUGCAUGAAGUUCUAGACAACAUUGAAGUUUACCAUGAAUUCUGGUUUGAGGAAGCUGUAACUCUGGCCACAUCGAUGGAGAUCCCAGUCAAAGUGCCCAGACUGUUCCUCAGAAAGCAACAGGCGAUUGAAACGGUAGAAAUACAGGCUGAGUCCUUUUACAAAGAAUACCUGACUCUUCCACUCAUGGAACACAUCACUCAGGAAGUGAAGGACAUGUUCUCGGAUAACCAUAUCAGGGCUCUUAAGUGCCUGUCUCUUGUUCCAGCAGUCAUGGGCCAGAUGAAAUUUAACACCUCAGAAGAAGCCCAUGCAGAUAUAUUCAGAAGUGAUCUUCCUCAGCCGGACACGCUGCCUGCGGAGCUUCACUGUUGGAGAAUCAAAUGGAAACACAGGGGAAAGGAAGUUAACCUGCCGUGCACCAUUCAUGAAACACUGCAGCACUCAGAUGUCAAGUUCUUCCCAAACGUCAAUGCAUUCCUGAGAAUUCUGGCCUCUUUACCCGUGUUGGCGUUUGGGGGUCAGGGAGGCACUGGACAGAAACGCCUACAGGCUUACCUUUCAGACACACCAGUGAGGCACAGGUCAAAGAGUUUGGCUGUGCUGAAUAUCAAUUACCAUGUUAAAAUCGAUCUAGAUGAAAUGGUUGAAUGUUACAUCAAAAGUUACCCAGAAGAAGAAAGUGAUUAAAUGUUUCGUGGCCUUUACAGAGCCUUGUAAGACAGUGGAAAUCUUCUCUGAAUCACACUGUGCUUAUGAGCAUAGGGUAGAUUUAAAUUAUUUAUAUUUUUCUAAUUGGUGUAUAUAAUUUGACAUUUUGCAGGAUGAAUAUUUUCUGUCUGGUAGUCAUUACAAUGUUAAAUGUAUUUAUACCAUUUUAUAUUAUACAGACCUCAUCAGCUUAAAUGUAUUUUAAUCAAAUGGGUAUAAAUUGGUGUGUAUAAAUUUUACCUGUGUGAAACUUGACUAAUAUGUGAAAGUGAAAAGUUAAGUUUGAAACAUGAUAAAUGUUGC